ACUCAAUGUAGAGCAUUGAAGUAAAGUUAAUAAGUACCUAGUACAUACCUCACCAGCCAGCCAUACUUCAAAUCGUUUUCUGCCUACCUAGUACAAUAUUGUCCUAAUAUUGUAUGUCGUAGUCUGGAGGGGGAUCGACACACGGCACACGAUAUUGCAUCGCCGAAACAAACGUCAAUCUGACCUGGGCUUGCUGGCUCAUAUACUAUGGCGAGCACCAUAUGGUUUUCCAUUCACACUUGCACUACCUGCGCCUAAUUGCGCCUUGUUUGGCUAUAUACUGCAAUCAUGUCUACCAAAGACCCCUCCUUCAGUUCUAACAACCCCUUUCGUCGAAAGCUGGGUAAUUUCUCCAGCCAUGGUCACAGUCCUGCUCACAGCCCCGCUCCAACUACCGCUUCGAUAUUCGACGGAUCUCUUGAUUCUAUCCCUCGGCCUCCACCCACCACAUUCAGGUCCGCCUCAUCUGAAGACGACAGGCGACAGGAAGAUGAGAAGCACGAUAUAGGGAGGGAGACCACUACGAAUACUGGUGGAACAGUACCAGAGCAGCCGAGGCCGAAGAAGGUUGUGAAGAAAGUUCGUGUUCAAUCACCACCUCCAUCUUCGCCAGAGGAUGCUGUGCCGAUACCCCGCUUCCCGACCGUGAACGACAGCGAUAGCGAUAGCGAUAGCGACGACGACGAUGAUGUGGAUGACGAUGAUGAAGACGAUGAUGAUGAAUACGGAGAUGAAUAUAAUAGUGACUCACGAGAAUAUAGGCAACAUGCUGGUCCUCCCGGAGUAGGCCCGUCCCCCACCAACAGUAGAGACAGCAAUAUCUCCGAUCAUACUCAACCUAGAUUAGCACCGUCGGCGAAUCCAUUCUCAAAAACGGUGCAUGUCCUAGAACAGACAGGCCAGGGACAGGAUGCCAAUACAUUUGCAACUAGUACGACGGCAAAGGGGGCUCUUGAUGUUGAUUCGUUUAAGAGAUUGCUAUUGACUGGUUAUGCGAACAUCUCGGGCCCAUCAUCUAUACCGGCAUUGAGUACUGGGGGCAAUGCUAAGGCUUUACCACAUGAUGGUGCGAGCAAUACAGAUGCAAGCUCUGUUUCUCGCCAAUCUAUAAUGGAUGCCAUAUCGCAAGAGACUCCGCGAACUUCGCACGAGAUCUCUGAGACGGAUGAUCCGGAAGAGCGAAGAGGGAUUGUCCCCUCUUCUCCCCUGGCCACUCCUCUCCCCUCCACCUCGACAAAGAAAAAGCCACCACCUCCCAACUCUCGACAUGGUAAAUUGAUAAAGAUUGAAUUGGGCGCCGACAUGGACUCUCGUCCUUCUAGAAAUCCAACACCUCCCAUGCCUAUCAGUGCUCCUUCUCAUUCUACUUUAGCACCACCCCGUAAAUCUGGCAUUUACCCUGUUGCUCCAGGGCCAGCUCAUUCCUCAACCACUGACGUGAACAAGCCACUCCCGCAAGCCCCUUUUCGCCCUUCCGGGGAGGAAGCAACUGAUUCGCCUUUUGAUCGUGAAGCUAUAGGCAAGGCGCCUGAACCUUUCACCAACCUCCAAGCUAACGCGCGCCCUCCAACGCCUCCGGCUGUUACACGGGGCCGGUCUGGGUCGAAUGGCAGCACACAAGCCCGCAAACCUGUCGCCCCCCCACCGCGUCGACAUGGAAGAAGUGAUAGUAGAGCACCUUCCAUCAAUACUACAACUGUGGAUGACGAGACCCCUCCAAGGUCGUCGUUAGACUCGAAUCGGUCACGGACGGAUAGUCUACGAGCAAAUACUACCCCAGCCAGCAAUGUUGGCAUACCUGCUCCUCCACCUCCUCGCCGACCGAACCAUGCCAGACAGGGGAGUUCCUAUGCGAGCCCCAAUCAGGGAAGCUUUACCUCAUUAUCUGCAACAAGUCCGGGUAUUAGUGAAAGCGAACGUAGCCCAGUCGGAAUGGGGAUUCGUCCCGUAAGUAGUGGUGGCCAGACGGAGGGUUCGACAGGUCUAGCCACUUUCACCACAAGUAAAGACGGGCUCCCCAAACUAUCUCCACCACCACCGCCACCGGCCAGACAGGCUAGCACAAGACGACCCGCUAGUGUUAGAAGCGUGGAUCUUGGAAACGGACACAGCACAGCGAGAAAGGUGAGCAAGGAAAAAGAUGGGAACGCGCCGCCGCCGCCGCCUCCUCCUCCGAGGCAACGUGGUGGUAGCCGUGCAAGUGCAGAAACUCCUGCCUCUGACGCGGAAGGCACGAAAGGCGUAAGCGAUGAGACGCAACAAGAGAUUUCGACCUCUACCCAAGCCCCUGCAACCCAACAAAGUACGGAAAUCCUAGCAGAUCUAGAUGCAUUACAGAGGGAAGUUGACGCCCUGAUGGGCAGGUACGGGAAACCUGGUGGGAGCUAAGAAAAGCUCCGCGCUUAGCCUUCCGAAACCAACUAUCGAAAUUUAUCGAAAAACCGGAGGACCAUCAACAUGAGGCCUAGCAUAAGCAGGUUAUAGGCAUGUAAUGAGGCCACCUACCGCCUGGGUGUAAGCGGAGAGCAAGCAGGAAGGGAGGAGGUAGCAUGACCGCCUCGGGCUCUUUUCUUUUUAUGCCUUUUGUCGCUGGAUAUGAGACAUGAACUAUGCGUUUACGUGGUGCAAGUGUUCAUAAUAGGAUGAUGAUUGAUCGGUCCCUUGUACAGUAGGUUAACUGUUGAUGACGGUUACCUACCUAUGGUGCCGACAUACUGGCUCUUGGGAAGAUGUUUAAAGAUCAACUGUCCCAUGUUCGCUUGCCUGACUAGGUAAGUAGGUAGUAGGUAGGUAGGUACGGACGGGUAUUGACCGACAUAGGUAUACAGAGAUA